AUGGCUCCCAAGCAGAAGGCUGGCCAAAAGCCGAAGCCCAAUUCGGCGGAGGAAGUGGAAGAGACAUUCCAAGCUGUGGUGCUUGCAGACACCUUCGAGACGAGAUUCGAGCCAUUCACCCGCGACAAGCCUCGUUGCCUUUUGCCGCUCGCAAAUACCCCUUUGAUCGAAUAUACUCUCGAAUUUCUGGCCAAUGCAGGCGUGGAGGAGGUCUUCCUCUACGGAGGAGCACACUCGGAUCAGCUGGAGAAAUACAUCAAUGCAUCGAAAUGGAGGGCCCCGUCUUCUCCAUUCAAGCAGUUAACCUUCCUGAAAUCGACUUCCACCUCUGUCGGUGACGUUAUGCGCGACCUAGACGGCAAGCACCUCAUUACUGGAGACUUCAUUGUCGUGAGCGGUGACGUGAUUAGCAAUCUGCCCAUCGAGGGUGCAUUGGCUCAACACCGGGCCCGUCGGGCACUUGACAAGAAUGCGAUCAUGACCAUGGUUCUAAGGGAGGCUGGCCUGCAGCACAGGACCAAGUCCACCUCAGUUUCGCCGAUUUUCGUCAUUGACCCUACCAAGGACCGUUGUCUCCACUACGAGGAAAUCGACCGCCAUCCCGACGACGAGCAAUUGUCUCGUCUGAAUAUUGACGCCGAAAUUAUUCUCAAACACCCCGAACUAGAUAUCCGUCAAGACUUGAUCGACUGCAGCAUCGAUAUCUGCACCCCCGACGUGCUGAGCUUAUGGUCGGACAGCUUCGAUUACCAAUCCCCGCGGAAACACUACUUGUUCGGUGUUUUGAAGGACUAUGAGCUGAACGGCAAGACACUACACACAUACAUCAUCAAGGACCACUACGCUGCGCGCGUGCGCAAUCUGAAGGCCUACGACGCGAUAAGCAAGGACAUUCUCUCGCGCUGGACAUAUCCUUUGUGUCCGGAUACAAACUUGCUCCCUGGUCACACGUACACCCUUCGUAAGGGUAGCAUGUACCAAGAAACCGGGGUAACCCUGGCUCGCUCUUGCGUCAUUGGGCGCCGCACAGUCAUCGGAAAAGGCACUAGCAUUGGAGAUCGGGCAGAAGUUCACAACUCCGUGCUCGGUCGAAACUGUAAAAUCGGCCGCAAUGUCAAGCUGGAUGGUGCCUAUAUUUGGGAUGACGUUGUGAUCGGCGACAACUCCGACGUCCGUGGGGCGAUUAUCGCCGAUGGUGUGGUUCUCGGCAAGCAUUGUACCAUUGCAUCUGGAGCGCUUAUUUCCUAUGGCGUGAAAAUCGCAGAUAAUAUCUGGGUGGAGAGUGGGAAGCGUAUCACGAAAACUCGAAACGACGGCAGCGUGGGCAAGAACGAUCCCGCAGUUGUUGGCGAAGGAGGCGAGGGCUAUGAGUUCAUUCACGGCGAGGAAGAUGAGGAUGAGGAUGAUGAUGUGAGCGUAGCCUCAUCGGGACUUGGUAUGUUUUCUCCUAGUUUGUCUCUUCAGGUCCAGAUUGCUAACUUUAUGCCAUCUACAGUGUACCGCAUGCCCGGUCUCUCACUCUCUUCCGCCUCCAUCUCAACACUGUCAUCUGAAGUCUCGAAUACCUCUUGGGCACGAUCUGAGCGGAGCAGUUUCUCCGCAGACGAGGAUUCAGACAACUUCCACCACGACGCAUCAGUCAGCUUGUUCGACAGUCUACGUGAAGGCGUUGCAGCAGAUGUGGUGCAGCUGGAGCUGGUCACGCUUCGUAUGACUGCCAACGCCUCAGACAAUCAGGUCCGUCGUGCCAUCGUGACAUCGUUCAUGAAGCACAUCCAGCAGCUCAUGGAGAGUGGCAAGGGUGCCGGUCCGGCAGUUCUGUCGGUUUUCACGGCAUACAAGGAGGUUGUUGAGCGCACUCUCUUCGAUCGCAACAAGGAGCAGAAGAAGGACCAGGUUGAUCUGCUGCUCGCACUCCAAAAUGAUUUGAUUCAUCGUAACAAGGGCGAGACCGUCCUUCUCUUUACUGCCAAGUCUCUAUAUGAACUUGAGCUCAUCGAGGAGGAGGCUUACGACCAGUGGUGGAAUGAUGAGCGCUCUAGUAGCACCGAGGAGAUGCGGGCCGUCCGCAGCCAGACCCAGCAAUUUGUCGAUUGGCUCGCCGAGGCUGAAGAGGAGAGUAGCGAGGAAGAAUCCGAGGAAGAAUCUGAGAGUGACGAAGAGUAG